AUGGGUCAUCAACGGCCGCCGCCACAAGAGGAUCCGUUCAGCGACUCCAGGGAACAAAUGUCUAGCCAAUUCUACUUCCUCGACGGCGAUGCAGGCGAAUACAGACAUUACUCAUCCGUGUCUGGGUAUUCGGCGUUGAACCAUGGCCGGGUCACGGCUUCGGUCCAGCCUAGCAUGCAGGGAGGGCUCCCAGAGCCGGUGCCAGCAGCAGCGAUGCUGCCAGUGCCAGUUUCAGGGCCGGACCUGCCAGUGCCGAUAGCGCUUGGAGGGGGUGACGGCCAAGGAGGUAGCGAAGACCGUCACAGCCACGACCGCCACAAUCAGAUCCGCCACGGGCAAGACCGCCAAAACUUCCCCCCAGUUGCACCACCGCUGCCCACGACGUUGCUAGCGGCUCACCCGCAACUCGACUACCAGCACCAGCACCACCAUCGUCAUCUUCCUCUCCAGCCUCAUCCGCGUCCUCACUCCCAACACCAGCUCCAUCCUCCACACCUCCACAGCCAUCCCGCCGACCGCUUCUCCGGCCGCCCGCUCACCAUGGCGAGCCCUGACGAGCACAGCAUGGCCGCACAGCAAGACGCUGCCAUGGGCUAUCAACCAACCCUUGAUGCCUUACCUCAAACCUACGUUUCAUACCGCCCCGUCAAGGGCGAUGGCAACUGCGGAUGGAGAGCAAUCGGCUUCUCCUACUUUGAAAAGCUCGUCGAGACCGGUGACCCCGAUCAGGUCGAGGGCGAAGCGGCCCGCCUGAUGAGCAUGAACCACUUCCUCGGCACAGUCGGUGGGUACGACUUUUACGAGGACUGGGCCGACGAAGCCAUUGGGCUACUACGCGAGCUUGCCAACUGUGUCACGGACGCGGCUGCGGCGCAUUCACUCGUCCACACGCGCUGGACCGACACUGGCACCAGCAGCGCCCUCAUCUACUACCUCCGCCUCCUCGCCGCCACGCACCUCAAGAGCCACCCGGACCAGUACGACCCCUUCGUGCCUGACGGCCAGGGAAUUCGCUCCUACUGCGCUCAGACCAUCGAGCUCCCCGAUCGUGAGAUUGACCAGCUUGGUAUCACCGCUCUUUGCAACUGCCUCCUCAAGCCCCUCGAAUUCGUCCUUGAGAUUGCCUACCUUGACCGCAGCCCUGGCGCCGCGGUCAACACCUACCGCUUCCCCGAGGAGGCCAACGGCAGGAACCCGGCCGCCCUCGGUCCCAUGAUCCAUUUACUUUACCGACCGGACCACUACGACAUCCUGUAUCGCCGGCAGCCUGGUCCCAUCUCGAUGCAAGUCAACCGAGCCACCAGCUUUUACUCCCAUACCCCUAUCAACAGCACGCACAGCAGUCUCGGGGCCUUCGCGACGACUGAAUUUGGUGGUCUCUUGACGUCGCUACCUUCAGCCGCACCACCAGGCAUGUCGACACUCUCCUCGCCAACCGACACGCAUGCGUCGCUGCCGUCGUCGUGCGAUGCAUUUACACUAGACGGAGGGUGGAUGCCGCCGCUUCCCACACAACGCAGCAUUGUGCAAGGCCGGCCGCAUCCCACCACCGAGUCGCCCGGCCCGAGGCCUCCGCCGCCCCCGUCACAUACCGCCAGCCCGGCGCCCAAUUCGGAAUGCAACAUUCGCUUUACCAAGAUGCAAUUGAACUAUGAGGUGGACACCAACCGGGCGGCGCAUCUCGGCCUUCUCCCGUUCAACGUCGUCACGAACACCUUCAAAAACAGUAUAUGGAAUAGGGCGCAUUUUGGCAACCCCGAGUUUCACCCCGAACAGUGGCGUCCAGGGGAUGACAGCGGCGCCGACGACCGAGCAAGUGGUUCGAGUUCGCGCAAGAAGAAGGGGGGUGGCAGCGCCGCCAAGGAAACGUGA